GGCGCUCGCUCCCGCCGGGGCAGGGCGGCCGCGGAGCAGCUCGAGAGCCCUGUGGCCGUGACCGCGGGCGGGCCCGUGAUCCGGUGCCGGCCGAGCGGGGCCGGAGCCCGCGGCUGGGGGAGGCGCGCAGAGAGCCGGGCGCGAGGCCACCGCCGGGGUCGGGGCCGCGCUGAGGAGGCUGAGGAGACUGACGAGGCACUGAGGAGGCGCUGAGGAGACGCUGAGGAGGCUGACGAGGCGCUGAGGAGACUGAGGAGGCGCUGAGGAGACUGAGGAGGCUGAGGAGGCUAAGGAGAAAAUCCCCGCGCGCCAGCCCGCCGCCGCCGCCCGGCCUCCCGCUCCCGCCCGCCCGCCGCCGCCUCCUCAGUGCGGCUCCUCCGGGUUCGAGUGGUGGCCGCUGAGGAGCCCUCCGUCGGCGAACAAAGAGGAGGCCGGCAGGGCGGAGGCGUCUGCGGCGAGCAUGGCGGACCGCAGCCUGGAAGGCAUGGCUCUGCCGUUGGAGGUGAGGGCCCGGCUGGCCGAGCUGGAGCUGGAGCUGUCGGAAGGUGACAUUACACAAAAGGGAUAUGAAAAGAAGAGGUCAAAAUUAAUUGGAGCCUACCUUCCCCAGCCUCCAAGAGUGGACCAAGCUCUGCCUCAAGAGCGACGGGCGCCUGUCACUCCUUCCUCAGCUUCUCGAUACCACCGCCGAAGAUCCUCAGGGUCUCGAGAUGAACGUUAUCGGUCAGAUGUUCAUACAGAAGCUGUCCAGGCAGCUCUUGCUAAACACAAAGAAAGGAAAAUGGCAGUACCUAUGCCUUCCAAACGAAGAUCCCUGGUUGUACAGACCUCCAUGGAUGCCUACACUCCCCCAGAUACCUCUUCCGGUUCAGAAGAUGAAGGCUCAGUACAGGGUGAUUCCCAGGGAACCCCCACUUCUAGCCAGGGCAGCAUCAACAUGGAGCAUUGGAUCAGCCAGGCCAUCCAUGGCUCUACCACAUCAACAACCUCCUCCUCCUCCACGCAGAGUGGGGGCAGUGGGGCAGCACACCGGCUGGCAGAUGUCAUGGCCCAGACACACAUAGAAAAUCACUCUGCACCUCCUGACGUAACCACAUACACCUCAGAACACUCUAUACAAGUGGAAAGGCCGCAGGGCUCCACCACAUCCCGGACAGCACCAAAGUAUGGCAAUGCUGAGCUCAUGGAGACUGGGGAUGGUGUACCAGUAAGUAGCCGGGUAUCAGCAAAAAUUCAGCAGCUUGUCAAUACCCUUAAACGACCGAAGCGGCCACCAUUACGGGAAUUCUUUGUUGAUGACUUUGAAGAAUUGUUAGAAGUUCAACAACCAGAUCCAAACCAACCAAAGCCAGAGGGCGCCCAGAUGCUGGCCACAAGAGGGGAGCAGUUGGGAGUCGUCACAAACUGGCCACCCUCUUUAGAAGCUGCACUACAACGAUGGGGGACCAUCUCCCCGAAGGCCCCCUGCCUGACCACCAUGGACACAAAUGGAAAGCCCCUGUACAUCCUCACUUAUGGCAAACUAUGGACAAGAAGUAUGAAGGUUGCUUACAAUAUUCUACAUAAAUUAGGUACAAAGCAAGAACCUAUGGUACGGCCUGGAGACAGGGUGGCGCUAGUGUUCCCCAACAAUGACCCUGCUGCUUUCAUGGUGGCCUUCUAUGGUUGCUUGCUGGCUGAAGUUGUUCCUGUCCCCAUUGAAGUGCCACUCACAAGAAAGGAUGCAGGGAGCCAACAGAUAGGUUUCUUGCUUGGAAGCUGUGGAGUAACUGUUGCCUUGACUAGUGAUGCCUGUCACAAAGGACUGCCAAAAAGCCCAACAGGAGAGAUCCCACAGUUCAAAGGUUGGCCAAAGCUGCUAUGGUUUGUCACAGAAUCAAAACACCUCUCUAAACCUCCUCGGGAUUGGUUUCCACACAUCAAAGAUGCAAAUAAUGACACAGCUUAUAUUGAGUAUAAGACGUGUAAAGAUGGAAGUGUUCUUGGUGUGACCGUGACGAGGAUAGCGCUGCUGACACACUGUCAGGCACUUACACAGGCCUGCGGCUAUACAGAAGCUGAAACCAUUGUGAAUGUUCUAGACUUCAAGAAGGAUGUGGGGCUCUGGCAUGGCAUAUUGACAAGUGUCAUGAACAUGAUGCACGUCAUCAGCAUCCCAUACUCGCUGAUGAAGGUAAACCCCCUCUCCUGGAUCCAGAAGGUCUGCCAGUAUAAAGCAAAAGUGGCUUGUGUGAAAUCAAGAGACAUGCACUGGGCACUUGUAGCACACAGAGAUCAGAGAGAUGUCAACCUGUCCUCCCUGCGCAUGUUAAUAGUGGCUGAUGGAGCAAAUCCCUGGUCUAUUUCUUCUUGUGAUGCGUUUCUCAAUGUCUUCCAGAGUAAAGGCCUUCGACAGGAGGUCAUCUGUCCCUGUGCCAGCUCACCAGAGGCCCUCACUGUGGCAAUCCGGAGGCCCACAGAUGACAGCAACCAGCCACCAGGACGAGGUGUGCUAUCCAUGCAUGGGCUGACCUAUGGUGUGAUACGUGUGGAUUCAGAGGAGAAGCUGUCUGUGCUUACAGUGCAGGAUGUAGGCCUUGUUAUGCCUGGAGCCAUCAUGUGUUCAGUGAAGCCAGAUGGGAUUCCUCAGUUGUGCAGGACGGAUGAAAUCGGGGAGCUCUGUGUCUGUGCAGUUGCCACAGGAACAUCAUAUUAUGGUCUCUCUGGCAUGACCAAGAACACCUUUGAGGUAUUUCCCAUGACAAGCUCCGGGGCUCCGAUCAGUGAAUACCCAUUCAUAAGGACAGGUUUGCUGGGAUUUGUUGGUCCUGGGGGCCUCGUCUUUGUUGUGGGUAAGAUGGACGGCCUGAUGGUAGUCAGUGGAAGAAGACACAAUGCAGAUGACAUUGUGGCCACAGCCUUAGCUGUAGAGCCCAUGAAGUUUGUCUACAGAGGCAGGAUAGCUGUGUUCUCAGUGACUGUCCUUCAUGAUGAAAGGAUAGUGAUUGUGGCUGAGCAGAGGCCGGACUCCACAGAGGAAGACAGUUUCCAGUGGAUGAGCAGAGUACUCCAGGCAAUUGACAGUAUACAUCAAGUUGGAGUUUAUUGCCUGGCCUUGGUACCAGCAAAUACCCUUCCCAAAACCCCACUUGGUGGCAUCCAUUUGUCAGAAACAAAACAGCUUUUCCUGGAGGGCUCCCUUCACCCCUGCAAUGUCCUGAUGUGCCCACACACCUGUGUCACAAAUUUACCGAAACCUCGGCAAAAGCAGCCAGAAAUUGGCCCUGCCUCAGUGAUGGUGGGAAAUCUAGUGUCUGGGAAGAGGAUUGCCCAGGCUAGCGGCAGAGACCUGGGUCAGAUAGAGGACAAUGACCAGGCCCGGAAGUUCCUGUUCCUCUCGGAGGUCCUACAGUGGAGAGCACAGACCACUCCUGACCAUCUGCUGUACACUCUGCUCAACUGCCGGGGAACAAUAGCAAAUUCCUUGACAUGUGUUCAACUACACAAGCGUGCAGAAAAGAUAGCAGUGAUGCUGAUGGAGAGGGGCCACCUGCAGGACGGAGACCAUGUGGCAUUAGUCUACCCUCCAGGAAUAGACCUUAUCGCUGCAUUUUAUGGUUGCCUAUAUGCAGGCUGUGUGCCAAUCACCGUGCGACCUCCACAUCCACAGAACAUUGCAACGACGUUGCCUACAGUCAAGAUGAUCGUAGAGGUGAGUCGAUCUGCUUGUCUCAUGACAACACAACUGAUAUGUAAACUGCUUCGGUCCAGAGAGGCAGCAGCAGCUGUAGAUGUCAGGACAUGGCCCCUCAUACUGGACACAGAUGAUUUGCCAAAGAAGCGGCCUGCCCAGAUCUACAAACCUUCCAACCCUGACACACUGGCUUACCUUGACUUUAGUGUGUCCACAACCGGGAUGCUAGCUGGUGUAAAGAUGUCUCAUGCAGCCACCAGUGCCUUUUGCCGUUCUAUUAAGCUGCAGUGUGAACUUUACCCUUCUAGAGAAGUGGCCAUCUGCUUGGACCCUUACUGUGGACUUGGGUUUGUCCUCUGGUGUCUCUGCAGUGUAUACUCAGGGCACCAGUCCAUUCUGAUCCCGCCCUCUGAGCUGGAGACCAAUCCUGCCUUGUGGCUUCUUGCUGUGAGUCAAUACAAAGUCCGGGAUACCUUCUGUUCCUAUUCGGUGAUGGAGCUUUGCACGAAAGGGCUGGGCUCACAAACUGAGUCCCUCAAGGCACGAGGCUUGGACUUGUCCCGGGUAAGAACCUGUGUGGUUGUGGCAGAAGAGCGUCCCCGAAUCGCCCUUACACAGUCUUUCUCAAAGCUCUUUAAGGACUUGGGUCUCCACCCACGAGCUGUUAGUACUUCAUUUGGCUGCAGAGUGAACCUGGCAAUUUGCUUACAGGGGACAUCAGGACCUGACCCCACCACUGUCUAUGUUGACAUGAGAGCCCUGAGACAUGACAGAGUCCGGUUGGUAGAAAGGGGAUCUCCUCACAGCUUACCUCUGAUGGAGUCUGGAAAAAUACUUCCUGGGGUCCGGAUCAUUAUUGCCAAUCCAGAAACAAAAGGCCCAUUGGGGGACUCCCACCUUGGAGAGAUCUGGGUUCACAGUGCCCACAAUGCCAGUGGCUAUUUUACCAUUUAUGGAGACGAAUCUCUUCAGUCUGAUCAUUUCAACUCCCGGUUAAGUUUUGGCGACACCCAGACUAUCUGGGCCCGAACUGGCUACCUGGGCUUUCUUCGGAGAACUGAGCUCACAGAUGCAAAUGGAGAGCGCCAUGAUGCCCUCUAUGUAGUGGGGGCACUGGAUGAAGCCAUGGAACUCCGAGGCAUGAGGUACCAUCCAAUAGACAUAGAGACUUCAGUCAUCAGAGCCCACAAAAGUGUCACAGAAUGUGCUGUCUUUACCUGGACAAACCUGUUAGUGGUUGUGGUUGAACUUGAUGGCUCAGAGCAGGAAGCCUUGGACUUGGUUCCAUUGGUAACCAAUGUGGUCCUGGAAGAGCAUUACCUGAUUGUAGGAGUAGUGGUCGUGGUGGACAUCGGGGUCAUCCCCAUCAACUCCCGGGGAGAGAAACAGCGGAUGCACCUGCGAGACGGGUUCUUGGCAGACCAGCUGGAUCCCAUCUACGUGGCCUAUAACAUGUAGUCUCGUCACUUUGGCUUCCACAGACUUUUCUACGGACGUGACCGUUUUUCUUUCUUUUUUUUUUCCUUCUCAGUGUCCACAGAGACAUGCAGACACUCGGGCCACACUCAAAGGAGGAGCCUGAUGCGGUGGGGUUUGGGGUAGUACUUCUAGGAGCGAUCACCCUGGCACGGAGAUGAAAUGUGAAUUUAUGCUGGAUUUUGCUCAGAAGGACUUUGGAUCACUGCCUUCAGUUUGCUGGAUAAGAUCAUUUUAAGAACUUUCUUUCCUUCCUUUUUUUCUUUCUUUUUUUCUUUUUUUAAUUAUUGGAUAAGAAGUGUUCUCUUCGUAAAUGUGGUAUUUUGUUAAGCCGAAAUAGCAAUUAAAAAAAAAAUAGUCUACCCUUCAAAUGGGUUCUUUUAAACAAUUUAUGUAGUGUGACAAGGAAUUGUUUUUUCUGUUUUAAUGUGUCAUGGGAUCUUACUGACAUGGAUCUGUUACUAAUUUAAGCCAUCCCUAGAUCUCACCCUUCUAGGAGAGUUUAUUGAGGUACGAGAACCUUCCAGGUAGCACCUUCCAAUUAGAUUUUAGCAGCUUGCUUUGUCAGAGACACGCUGAAGAAACAGAGGCCAGUUCAUGGCCUUUGAAGUUAACAUAGAAGGAGAAGCGAUUAUAAAUAAGGUAUUUCGGCAACUAUCUUGCAGAUAUCUUUGUACUAAACUAAAAAGAUAAAAAUAAGUUAACUUCCUCGAUAUGUAAUUAUGUACAAAAUGUUUAAUUUAUUUUGAUCUCUUUAGAAGUAUAAAAGAGAAAAAACAUUCAAGAAUAUUAAAGUCUUGUAAUGUUUGCUAAUAUAAAAAAAGUGUUGUAUUAUCUUGCGUGGAUAGUAUCACAACAAAUAUAUAUAUAUGAAAUAUAAAUUCACUAAUGAACAAAGGAGAUUUUAAAGUUUAACUGCAGAACUUGUCACUUGCAUGGUGCGCCCUCCACUGUAUCCACACACACUUGGCUGUUUCCGAGCAAUCGCAGAUCGCCAGGAACCCUGUCUUAGACCCAAGACCAGCAAGUGGAGUAACCGCCGUCUCUAAGAGGGUGAAGGGAUUCAAUGCUAACGUGCACUAUUUUUUCCUUUGCUGUGAGGACGACAGUGAAUGCUUUCCUGCCAGCAUGUGCCAGUGACAUUGAGGGGCUCCAGGUUGGCAAACAGCACUGUUUUCUCAGAUGCAAGAAUUUGUUGCAUAAUGUCAAUUUUAUUUUAGCAUUUUUGUGUCACAUUUUAUAAUUUUUGUUGUUGUUGUCCCUUGAUAUGAAAAGAAUGACACCCUGUGUCAUUUGCACCACAUUUGUGUCACUAAUUUACCCCUGCCAGUGGCCAAUCUGAGCAGAUAAAUGACCGGAACGCCUUUGAGGGAAAAGCUAGCUAUAUGUGAUGUCUUCUUGACUGUGUAGACCCAGCCAACUCUGAUCCUCCAAUCUUAGGAACUUCCUAGCUUGGCCAUAAGAGUAGGCACUAGUCCAGGGACUUAAAACAGCAAGGAGUUCUGCCAGCAUCAUCCUUGUACUAGCCGUUGGGGAACUGAUCCCUGGUGACAUGUGCCUAUAUAUUCAUGUGCACAGCUUAGCCACUGUAUCCUUGUCUGUAUCCAACCAAGGAGAAGGUAUCAACAAUACAAGACAAUGUUUAUUUUGUAAUUGCCACAUUAUGGCUUCAGUGGCUCCCAGUAUGAGAGAAGCCUAAAAUUGUUAUUCGGCAGAAAUGAGGUUCCUGAUUGCUUUAUGGGCGAGGUCUUUGUCUGCCUUAGUUACAGCUGCCAACAGUAAGCCCUUUGCUAAAAGAGAGUUUUCUAUGACUUCUGAGAUCCAAGGCUCAUUUGUUUUGGUUUGUUAUUAAUUUAAGUGGUGCAUUUCUUUUGAAAAUUUACAUGUGUAAAGCAUUCUUCAUCUCCAUAAAUCACUUAAUUUUUCAAAUAUUGUUUGCUCAUUGCUAUAUGUUUCUGCAUGUUUCAAGUACACAUUCCUACAGUUUGCAGCUUCCCAAGGGGGGAAAUCCCUGCCACAUGCAGAAGGAAUUUUCUUGAUACAUGCAUUUGCACCCCAUACCCCCCCCCCCAAGGGAACUUGGUUUAAUGUUUCAGAUAGUAGACUGAUUGGUAAACAUGAUUACAGUGUGCAGGAAAUCUUCCAUCUGGCUAAUGUGAGGAAGCAAUGCAAAUUUAGAUGUCACUCAGAACCUACUCUUAACUUUUCACCAUAUCAACUUCACACCCAAAGGAGGGCGAAGGCUGCAGCACAGGUGCAAAAGCCCAUCCCAGCCGGUCUCUUCUGUACCCUGUCAUCUGUAACGCGAGACUUUAGGUUUGAAAGAGUUGGUGGACAAGGUUGGAAGCUUAGUUGUGCAAGAAAAAGGAAAGAAGACACUUAAGUACCACCAGUUUCAGCAAUAAAGAAGGGCCGUUGUGUAUUAGAAACCGUACUGUAGAUAAAUCAUUCAUGAGAAUGUUUUUUAAAAAGAAAAAUGUUUGUCUUGUGACCAUGUGCUUUUGGAGUCAGCCAAAACCGUGUAAUCAACUUGCACAAAAAGAGGGUACACAAUGAACAUUGAGACACAGACCUAAUCAAACAGGAGCAGAUUCCUCAUGGUGCUUGUUUAUUAUAUAUAUUUAACCCUGCUUGACACUUUACCCAAGGGGACGGUCCCUUUAUCAGUUGAAUGUUAGCAGCGUUAUUUCAGAGUGUGGUGACUGGUUAGAGAAAACUCAUGUACUCAACCAAUCACAGUUUCAAACAGAAUUUUUAUGUGCAAAGGACAGCAACCUUCUUGUAUGUUCAACCACCAGUACGCUUUGUACAUCUGUGAUAACGCCUGUUUUAUAUUCAAAUGAACAAAUAAAAGCUUUUAUUUUUGUUGCUCUGAAAA